AAAGAAUACAAUAGCAAAAAGUUGAACGAAAGAUGAACACGUCCAACUUUUUAAAAGGAAGUUUCACUUCGUCGAAACAGCUAUUUUGACAUCCAAUUUCGCGUUUACACUAUCCAUUUUCCAGCAAUCCAUUAAAUCGAAUCCAUUUAAUUGCAUAGUGUAUUUCAGCCUUAAAAUCUGAUCGUGAAGGCUCCGCAUACAAAUGCCUUCUCAGUAGCCUCGCAGUGGAAUAUGAAGCUCUUCUUCAAAGCACGUGAGAGGUGUUUGUUUCAAAGAUGGCGGAAAAGUUUAGGUCAACUUGUUGGCAAAGUUGGCAAGAAUGGACGAAGGUUUAUGAAAUGAUAUUUUCGUAUGAAGAUCUCGCCCAUCAGGAUGAAGCACUCAAAAUGAUAGAUGUCUGGAGAAGCAGAGAUGAAGCGAAACUUCCCGUUGCUGUUGACUGCACUUAUCUUCUUGUUGCAGCUGCGAAAUUGUCAAAUGAGCGAUCUUCUCCAAAUUCGUGCCAGUUGUUUCAAUCAAGACUUGCUAUUGCUAUGGCUCUAGUGAGAUUCGUAAAUGGAAUGGUCGACCAAGUGCAGAAAGGUCUUUAUGCUAGAUCAGUGAAUUCAGUUGCAGAGGAAUUAGGCAUUCCAGAUUGGCUAGUGGAUUUACGUCAUGAUGCUACACAUUCUUCAUUGCCUUCGACUAAUGUUUUACAUGCGGCUGCCGAAACUGCAUUGGCAUGGCUUAAAGAAAAGUAUUGGGAGAAAACAUAUGUACAUCUCAAUUACAUGGACAAAGAUUUCCAAGAGAACCUUCAUAAAUUUUUAAAUGAGUACAUGUGUGGGCAGUGGCCUUCUGGAAUUGGCAGUAGCAAGGUCAUUAGCAACAUCAGCCCAGAGCUUGGAAAGAAGCUAUGCUCUCCUCAAGUCAUCAGAUGCUACUUAUUGCCUGAGUUGUUUAAAGAGUCAGUGUUGAUUCCAACCCAAAAUCACCUUCAAGAACUGACUGAAAAUGGUAGCAGUGACCCAAUAGAUAGUUUCAUUGACUUGUGGAGGCCAUUGCUUCAAUGGAUUCGCGAAAAAUCAAAACAUUUCUUUUCCGAGUUGCUAAAUUUUGUUUUGAGUUAUCUAGAGCGAUAUCCAAUGAAUCAUUUCAAAAUAAAAUUUUUAAAUAGGCUUUUAAUUCGUGUCUUGAGGGACGUUCAGCCUUCUUCACGUAACAAGGUAUUAGAAGAAAAGCUUUUGCAUUAUUGCUUGCAAAAUCCUACCCCGGAAACAUUAACAAUUGUUGGGCUACUCAAUAUAGACGAAAAUCAACUGGUGCAGUUAAAAAAUCUUUGGAAAGUCGUCGAGCCGUUUAAUGAUAUCAUGUUUUCAGAGAAAUUAACCAAAGGCAAAGGUACAUCUGAUAAUGAUGAAAAAGAGCUGUCGAGAUACUUUUCAAGAUACCCUAUUCAAGAUUGUGGGUUACAGUUGGAACAUCAAGUUGACACAACCCAUUUAGGAGAUGGUGCAAUGUUGAAAUCGUGGUCCCUAACCGAAAGCGACUUGAACAAAGUAAAGGCUGGCUCCGUGUUAGCGAACCUAAAUGAAACUGAGCGGACUCUUAAUGUUUUACCAGAUGCUAUCAGCGCCUAUGUACCAGCGAAAAAGCCAAUUCGACAUUCACAGGAAGAAAUUGAUAUGCUGGAUGCCAAUCAGUCUACAGGUCAAGUCGCUGAAAAUGGAUUGCUCAAAAAUGAUUUUGACGUGUCGAUAUUUUAAACUAAUUUUGGUGAAAUUUCUAAAGAAACUUUAGCACAAGUUAGGUUUGAUGGGCAUCUCCCUUGAAAUUUGUAAAAAUUUACAUUCCUCAAGUUUGAGCAAUCAGAAAAUAUACUAGACAAGAAAAACCUUGUCUUACUACGUUUUUGAAAUGAAACCUGAAAUUCAUAUCGCUGCCACUACAUGUUUCUCUUUAGUUUGUUUUCGUUAUGGCCUUUGCUUUUGAGAUCGCAAUAAUUGUCAAAAGUUGUUUUGAUUCUUAAUUUGAAGACUGUCGAGUAAAGUGAGUACGGUGCGAACAACGUGAUAGAAUUUUCGCAAUUGCAUCCUGGAGGUUCUUCAAAAACCUCUACUAUUCGUGUAUCUUUUGAUUUUGUUAUGCUGUUUGACCUCCAUUUUGCAGACAAAUUCGUAACAUAAUCUAUAAUCGCCUCGCGAAAGGUUUUCUAUGCGCCCACGUUUUUCGAAACAUUACUGAAAUACUAUUUUAUUGAAAUGGUCUACAAAUAAAUACAGCGGCUAACGUCUUCAUAUUUGCACCCUACCAAACUUGACCCAUAGCUAAAGUAUGUUUUCGUUUCCUUUGAAGAUGAAAAUAUCACAACAAACAUCGACCUUAAUGAUGCUUUGUUCGUCAUAAGGAUUUCAUUUUAGGUUAGCCGACAUCUGUCUUCUCAGUGAUUGACUUUUGCAAAUCUUGUGUGGGAUGUUUUUGAUCUGCAGUUGCAGGUGUACCAAAUAUAUUUGUUCUGGAACCCCGUCAUCAUGCUCCUACGCCCUUUUGGAGGACAUUU